AUAUACCAAACAUAUCACCUUCAUUUGUAUCUAAACUUUUUUUCACCCACUCUCUCUAGCUAUAAAUCUUUAUUUCUAUUUCUAUCCAAUGGAAAGAACACCCCAUAUUGCCAUUGUACCAAGUCCAGGUAUAGGACACUUGAUCCCUUUAGUUGAAUUUGCUAAAAGACUAAAAAAUCACCACAACAUUUCAGCCACUUUCAUCAUCCCAAACGAUGGACCUUUAUCCAUAUCGCAAAAGGUUUUUCUUGACUCACUUCCUAAUGGCUUAAACUAUGUCAUUCUUCCUCCAGUCAAUUUUGAUGACUUGCCACAAGAUACCCAAAUGGAAACCCGAAUAAGUCUCAUGGUUACGCGGUCACUUGAUUCGCUUCGUGAAGUAUUCAAGACUUUAGUUGAGGAAAAAAACAUGGUGGCUUUGUUUAUUGAUCUUUUUGGCACGGAUGCAUUUGAUGUAGCCAUUGAAUUUGGUGUUUCACCUUAUGUGUUCUUUCCAUCAACUGCUAUGGCUUUAUCUUUGUUUCUUCAUUUGCCUAAACUUGAUCAAAUGGUUUCAUGUGAGUAUAGGGACUUGGCAGAACCGGUUAUGAUUCCUGGUUGCAUACCGGUUCAUGGAAAAGACCUACUUGACCCGAUACAAGAUAGAAAGAAUGAUGCAUACAAAUGGACACUUCAUAAUGCAAAGAGGUAUAGUAUGGCGGAAGGUAUAGCUGUAAAUAGCUUCAAGGAGUUGGAGGGUGGAGCAUUAAAAGCUUUGCUAGAGGAUGAACCGGGUAAACCAAGGGUUUAUCCGGUUGGGCCACUGAUACAGACUGGUGCAAGUUGUGAUGUAAAUGGGUUGGAGUGUUUAAGAUGGUUGGAUGGUCAGCCAUGUGGUUCUGUAUUGUACAUAUCUUUUGGGAGUGGUGGAACCCUUUCAUUUAAUCAACUUAAUGAGUUGGCCAUGGGGUUGGAGUUAAGUGAACAAAGGUUCAUAUGGGUGGUUAGAAGUCCAAGUGAUCAACCAAAUGCCACGUACUUUGAUUCUCAUGGUCUCAAGGACCCCCUCGGGUUUUUACCAAAAGGGUUUCUAGAAAGAACCAAAGGUACCGGGUUUGUGGUACCCUCUUGGGCCCCACAAGCCCAGAUUCUAAGUCAUAGUUCAACAGGCGGAUUUUUGACCCAUUGUGGUUGGAACUCAAUUCUUGAGACUGUAGUACAUGGCGUGCCAGUGAUCGCUUGGCCACUUUAUGCCGAGCAAAAGAUGAAUGCGGUAUCUCUAACCGAAGGCAUAAAAGUGGCGUUGAGACCCAAAGCUGAUGAGAACGGUAUCAUUGGUCGUGUGGAGAUUGCUAGGGUCGUGAAGAGUUUAUUGGAAGGAGAAGAAGGGAAAGGAAUUCGAAGUAGAAUUCGAGAUCUUAAAGAUGCAGCUGCUAAUACUCUUAGUAAAGAUGGCUGCUCUACUAAAACAUUAGAUCAAUUGGCUUAUAAGUUGAAAGACAAGAUAUAAGUCUUUAGAUGAUCAUGCUUUUAAACAAUAUUGUUAAUUUAUUUUUGCUUUAUGUAAUAAAUUAUUUUGAGUAUGUUUGUUGUA